GGUUUUGUAUUAGACUGUCGCGCGCUUCAUCCGAAAAUUAGUACUUCCUACCAUUUGAUGCAAAAGGACUGUUUAUUGUUUAUAUUACGUGUUUGAGUGAUUUAUAUUGAUAAUUCAGAUUUUAUUAUUAGUUACUCAUUUUGUUUAUCACCAUCAAAAAGUACAAAAUGAUUUGGAUUUUGUCCUUGUGUUUUUUGAUGUCUUUCACCUACGUCAGCCCUCAACCGGUUCGUUGUCAGGAAGACACGCAGUGCUCCAGUGGUUAUUACUGUGAGAUAGCAUUGAAUAUUUGCCGAGAAUGCAUUAACUGCGAAGAAUUGAAGCGCGAACCAUCAACACGUUUUCCACCCAAUACUUGUAUCAAAUCUGUAGUCGACUGCGGUACGUGUAAGAAAGGGUUAGUGUUAGACCACGACGCUGAUAUAAGCGGCGAAUGCGUGAGGCCCGACGACCGAGAGGAGAGCGCCGUGUUGCCUCCUUACGUGUGGGCGCUGAUCGUCAUCGGGCUACUGUUGUUCGUCGUCAUCGUAUUCUACUUGCUGAGGCACAGGGAUAUGUUCAAGGUUUUAGCUUCGGCUCGCACUUCAGCGUCGGUGAGAUCUCAGUGCUACCGGGUUAACGCCACAGCCCCCGACUUCCCUCCGCCCUACAAUCCGGGGACCGACGAUCCAGGAUCCGGCACCCACGCAGCGUAUCCGCCCCUCACCAGCGUUGGACACGACGAAGAGCUAUCGCGUCCGUUCAUUAAGCCGGCCUGGCCAAACCCGCUUCAGGAACUGCGCGAGUCCGACAACAGACAGUCCUCUACGGUCUUCAAUCCGCCGGCCUACGAACAGUCCGAACCGCCUUCCGACACUAAUAACGAACAGGCUGACAAAGAGCCCGACCGUAUAUCGCUGCACGACGAAGACACGGUCGAGAGCCCGUGGACACCGAACACAUCCAGUGCCAACAACAACAACAAUAACAACAAUACCGUAGUUGCUAAAAGCCCGAACGAGAGUGCGGUUGUAUUGGCGGCGGCGGGCGCGAGCGGUUCGGGCGCGUCUUCUGCGGCGGGCGCGUCGGACGCGUCGGACGCGCCGCCUCCAGCCAAACUACGCCGGACUGUGCAGGAUCUGAUGAGUCGCAGCCGCGAGCCGAGCGCCGAGCCGGGCCGCGCGCACCCGCAGAUAACGCUCAACCUCCAGUGCAACAACAACAUGGUGUUCAACACCAUCGUCUGACGGUCAAGUCCACCAAUCGAGCGUACAACUAGGGAUGGGGUUUUCUUUUUUCAAAAUUGAUGGCAGCAAUUCCAGGCUGGGCAACCUUAAAAAUUGUGAUUUUUUUUUAAUUUCGGUGCUACACCUUCGGAAUAUUUGCUCAAUGUUCUAAUGUAGUUUUUAGUGUAGUUACUUUAGUUGCUCAUUAUACAAUAUUCGUGUGCCAUUUAUAUUUGGUCACAGCGUUACAUUAAUUAAGUUUAUUAGAUUAGUCAAUUUAAAGUUAAAAGUGCAUGCGCUUUUCGUUUUAAUAUAAUUGUUUUCUAGGCGAUGCACUUUGAUUAAUUUGUGUACUUUUAUUGUAUUUUAUUGUUUGCCUUACGAUUAACAAGUAUGAUUCUGUUCUUAUUUCGGUAAGUACUUACGGAGCGUGCGUUAACAUAUUUUAGCCAUGUUUUGCAUUUAAACAUUUUUUUUUUUUUUUUUUUAAUUUAGUUCUGUAGAAUACGAAUAUAAUAGUUUAUAAUAAUCUCGUUCUAAAUGUAGGUAGUAAACAAUUGUUCGAACAAAAGUAUUUUGUAAGUCUUUGAUUAGUAAAAUUGUAAAAAUGCAUAUCAAUCAACAAAUCAUAAUUUAAAAUGCGUUCAAGUUAUGAAAAGUUUAUGUAUUUUAAAUAAAUUAUUUACAUCAUCCUAUCUGCGAGUCUCAAAUGUCAUUACAACAAAAAAAAAGGUAUAAAUAAACAAAAACAAAGUUAAAUAAGACAAUAUUGGAAAACGAUUUAAAACAUUUUAGUUAUAGUCACCCUUCCUAAGUUAGGUAGGCUGUGUAGGUCGGGGUCAUAUUGAGCUCAAUUUUUACAUAAAUUUUAAUAAAAUUUUAUUGGCCUUAAAAACGAUUUAGAAGACACACAAAGAACUGGUGCUAUCCUACUAAAUUAGAAUGUCUGUUAAUCAAAUUGUCAUGUGUUUGGCAAACUAGCCGUAUUGUUUAGAUUGAAUACUCAUAAUUUAGUAAUCUAUGAUUGUCAUAACUUUAGUUCAAUAUUAGUGUUCAUAGAUACAUAUUUAAUGAGAUAUAUCUAGUUAAAAUGUAUGGUAGGUGGUCUGGCACGAGAUCAUUUUGAGAGCGAAAUCUCAAUCAGCGAGAUGUUUGCUCGGCAUAAGUCUCAGUGCGCAGUUGUAGACUUUAAAUCAGGACAUAAAAUUGUAUUGUCAUAAAAACUAUUGAGGCUUCAUGUUGCCACUCUACUGAAAUAUAAUAGUCGCAAUUAUUAAAUAUGAAAUUAUAUUUCGUUGUGAUUAUAAAAUAUUAUUAUUGCAUUUAACGAUGUUCCCAUCUACAACAGUUAUAGACUAUAGCAUUAUUUAACGAGCUAUUUCUAUGAAUAAUAUUUCAACGUAAUGAAUAAGUCGCACAGUACACUUAUGCAACCAUAAUUCUAUACAGGAUUUCUAUAAACUAAUAUUCUAUCCGUUAGGUUAUCAAUUAUGAUUAUUUAUUAUAAUUUAGAAUUAUUGCUUUAAUAGUGAUGUGUGCAAGUCAGUUGAAAUAUAUAACGUAUUUAUCAUUUGAUCAUAAAUCUUAUGUUAAACAGUAAAGGGAUCUCUGAUGUAUGUUUUAAAGGAGAAAAAAAAACAUUUGUUAUCAGGUGCACUCUUGUAGAAUUUCUUAGAUCAAUUGAUGUUAGUUUUUUUUUUCUUAAGUAAAUCGUGUUCUGGAACAUUGUUACUUUUUCUUGUAUAUCGAGAGAUGAAAGGCUAUUUGAUUCAAUCGACAUUUCGCUUAAUACGCGACAUUUAUCUUUGUAAUUAAAAUUUAGUUUUAUUUGAUAGUAGC